AUGAGUCUCAAAUCGACUCUGAGGCUGCCGAGCUCAAAGUUUCCUCCUAGACCGUCGCCAGAAGCCGUAACAAGAUACGUCAAACAAUGCAGUGAUGACCUAUACGCCUGGCAGAGUCACGCGCGACCUGCAAGCGCAACUUUUGUCCUCCACGAUGGACCUCCAUACGCGAAUGGUGACUUACACGUUGGACAUGCCUUGAACAAGAUUACCAAAGAUAUUAUAUGUCGGUCGAAACUUGCUGAAGGAAAGCGUAUUAAUUACGUACCUGGUUGGGACUGCCAUGGUCUACCUAUCGAGCUCAAAGCUUUCGAGAAACAUGGCUGGGAACGUGGAUCGGGAAUUGACCCGGUCAAAAUCAGAGGUGCAGCACGAGGGUUUGCAGCAAAAGCUAUUGCACAGCAGAUGAAAGGCUUCCGAUCAUGGGGCGUCAUGGCCGAUUGGGACAACCAUUGGAAGAGUAUGGACAAGGACUUUGAGUUGAGACAGCUUGAAGUGUUCAAAGCUAUGGCUGAACAUGGCCUUAUCAUAAGGAGACACAAGCCUGUGUACUGGUCUCCCUCUUCGCAGACUGCUCUAGCCGAGGCAGAGGUAGAAAGAGAAGAGCAUACUUCCACCGCGGCCGUGGUGAAGUUUCGCAUUCCGGCCGUGAUUGGAGGCUCGACCGAGCCUGUUCACGCUGUGAUCUGGACAACUACCCCCUGGACUCUGCCAGCUAACCAAGCUAUUGCGCUUAACAAGAAUAUAAAAUACGUCCUAGUCAGCUCGAAGAGUCAUGGAUUGCUGAUUGUGGCUUUAUCGCGAGUGGAAUAUCUGAAUGAAAUGCUCAAGGAAGAGACGAAGAUAGUCAAAGCGUUGCCCGUCGAGUCUCUUCUCGAGAGCACAUAUUCAGGCUUGUCAGAAUUUGGGGAGGAUGCCUUGAACAGACCCUUCAUUCAUGCAGACUUUGUGACAGAAGAGGAUGGAACCGGCCUUGUGCAUUGCGCACCUGGUCACGGCAACGAUGAUUUCGACGCCUUGCAGAAUAUGAUCAGGUCCGGAAGAGUUACAGUGAAAGCACCUGUCAACGACAAAGGUGAAUUCAGUGAACUCGCUAGCCCUACCCAGCCCACAUUAUUAGCAGGAAAAUAUGUUUUCAAAGAAGGCAAUAAGGCUGUGCUGGACCUUCUCAAGACGAAGAACGCGCUUAUUUCAAGCUACGAUUUCAGACACAAGUAUCCUGUCGAUUGGCGAACCAAGCAGCCUAUCAUGAUCCGAGCCACCGCUCAGUGGUUCGCAGACAUCUCUGGUAUCAAAGCAGAUGUUGUCAAAUCCCUGAACAACGUUACUUUCAGGCCCGAAUCAGGAAAAUCACGACUGAGAAGCUUUGUCGAACACAGAAGUGAAUGGUGUAUAUCGCGACAGCGUGCAUGGGGUGUACCAAUUCCAGCACUGUACGAGAAGGACACUAAUGGGGCCAUAUUGACAGCUGAAAGUAUCGCUCAUAUAAUCAAAGUCGUCCAAGAACGUGGCAUCGACGCUUGGUGGUCUGAUGAUCCAGACGACCCUGCCUGGCUUAUGCCUGGUCUUCCACCAGAUAAAUACGUCCGGGGUAGAGACACUAUGGACGUAUGGUUUGAUAGUGGGACGAGCUGGACACUCAUGGUUGCUCCAUUGAAGGAUCACCAGCAGAGAGGCCCACUGGCCGACGUAUACCUAGAAGGUAGUGACCAGCAUCGCGGCUGGUUUCAGUCGAGCAUUCUCACCAACAUUGCAUACCAAAAGGUAACUGAUCCUUCAGCUACGGCACAUGCCCCAUUCAGACAACUUGUAACACAUGGCUUCACUCUAGAUGCUGCCGGCAAGAAGAUGAGCAAGUCAGUUGGCAACGUAAUUAAUCCUAACCAAAUCAUUGCUGGUUUGGCGCCUCAGCCAGCGCCUAAAAAGGGUCGAGUCCUACAUCCUUAUGGGCCUGACGCCUUGAGACUCUGGGCCGCUACUGGAGACUGGACAUCUGACGUUGUGAUCAGUGAGAAGGUAGUUACUGCCGUGCACAGUUCAUUGGGCAAAUAUCGAGUUACCAUGAAAGUCCUGCUCGGGAUGUUGUCGGAUUUUGAUCCUGUGAACAUUGUCAACUACGAAACCAUGAAGUCGAGCCGGUUCGAUUUGCACUGCAUUGCUCUUCUGCAGCUCCACACAGUGGUCAAAAACGUGAGGAGUGCCAUGGCGAGUUACGAAUUUCAUAAAGCGCUUGCUGCUAUCAAUGAAUGGAUUGCUCGGGAUCUGUCGGCUUUCUAUCUCGAAGCAGUCAAAGACUCUAUCUACUGUGAUGGUGAGCAUGCCACAAGACGACAUGUUAGCCAGACAGUACUGUACCAUAUCUUUCUACAAUUUCAGAACAUGCUCGCGCCCAUCACGCCGCUGUUGAUCGAGGAGACGCAUGAAUAUACACCUGAGCAGAUCCAAGCUGCUGCUGGCCACCCACUUCAACGUGUUUGGGAAGAGUUGCCUUUUGACUGGAAUAACGAAGUACUUGCUGCUCAAGUCUAUAACGUAAUGGCGAUAAAUUCCGCUGUGAAAGCUGCGCAAGAACAAGCUCGUGCCGACAAACGUCUCGGUCAGUCACUUGCCUGCGAAGUCGAAAUCAGAUACGGAGAUGACAGGGCCCCUGCCAUCGCUCAAUUCCCACAAUCGUUCUGGGAAGACCUCCUUGUCGUCUCUAAAGUGCAUCUUACACCACAUACGGAGCAGAAGGAAUGGGUCUAUUCCCAGAAGGUCGAGCUUGGAAAUUCCUCAAUUCAAGUAAUGGUGUACCCUCCAACACAAGAGAAGUGUGCUCGAUGUUGGGCAUACACUGCUCCUACACCGAAACAGGACGACGAAGCGCUGUGCAAAAGGUGCUUCGAUGUGGUAGAAGAUAUCAAGCAGAAGAAAGCUGCCGAGGUUUGA